ACUAGUUUUCCAGAUGGGACCACAGUUACUUUUGCCUGUAAUACUGGAUAUGAGUCUGCAGGAGGGUCCCCACGUAUUACUUGUACUGCUGGAAGUUGGAGCUCUCUGGGGUUGAAAUGCCAACGGAAGAACUGUGGCCCUGUGGAGGAAGUUGAAAAUGGACAGAUUGAAUAUCGUCCUGGGUCUGAAUUUGGUGAUAAAGCAGUGCUCAUUUGUAACCCCGGUCAUAUGCCAGUUGGUGGAGGAGAACUCACUUGUGGAACCCAAGGGUGGACGGGCAGGUUGCCUGUUUGUGAAGUGACACAAUGUGAAUCACCCCCUGUAGUACAGGAUGGCUCUUUCAGUCCAAAUAGAGAACUCUAUGACUAUAAAGACGUUAUAGUGUACACCUGUAAAAGCGGCUAUACACAUAAUGGAUCAAGACAGUUGCAUUGUUCGGAUGAUGGAACAUUCAAGCCUGAGCCUCCAAAAUGUAUCAAGGUUGAAUGUGGGGAACCAGAGAUUUCGUUUGGACAGUGGAGUAGCGGUGCUCGACCUCCAUAUGGAUACUCGUCUACAGUCACAUUACAGUGUAGCACUGGAUACAAAAUGAUUGGAUCCGCGACUGUGACGUGUAAGCUAAAUAGUCAGUGGUCGCCUGGACUUCCUCAGUGUAUUCGUAAGUCAAAAAUUAAAAUAUCUAUUUGCAUGUACUGAGUUCAAUCGGAUCAUCUCUUUGCUCUAAGUGCAACUUCACCCGCAAUUCUGAGCAUAACUCCUCCUAAUGCACAUUUUUGAUAAAUGCUGAAUGGCAGUUUACCUCUCCUAUGAGGUUUCUUUUGAAUCUCGUCAUAUGCUAGCAAAACAUGUUGGUUGCAAGGUGUUAUA